AGUUCGUACCCAAUCCGUUGCUGCUGACUGUCACUGCGCUGUAACCAUAUUGGCAUAUUCCCCCACUCCUCCCCACGGUUUUUCCCUUUCUUUGCUUUUUCCUUUUUUGCAAAAAGCAUUUUCCCCCAACCAAACAAAAGCACUUCUCCCCUCCUUCCCUCUCCCCUUUUUAUUUUUCAAUUUUCUCUACUUCAUAUUUUCUCGCAGCCGAAGACCUAUUUCUCUUGAAUUGAAUCAGCAGUAGCAUGGAGGAUCGGAAGGAUCAGAAAAAUGCUCCAUGGCUAUCAGUGCCGCAAUUUGGGGACUGGGACCAAAAGGGACAGGUUCCCGAUUACUCUCUUGAUUUCUCAAAAAUCAGGGAAACGAGGAAGCAGAACAAGAGGGAAUUGUCAAGAGCUAGUCUUGGAAAUGAAGAUGAGCUCAUUAACCCAACUGCCACCACCGAAACCACCGCCCCUAGCAAGCACCACCCUGAUUAUCCUCAGAACCAUGAGGCUCCAACUACAAGGAGGAGCAUUUUCAGCUGCUUCAACUGUUGCGUGAAAGCCUGAGAAGCUUUUUUGGAGAAGCUUUUUUGGACUUAAUCCUGCAAUGUCUUUGAUGCUAUGUGUAAUGGUAUUGUAUCUCCAAGAACCUCCUUGGGCCUAGUCUGCUUUUCCUUUCCCCAUCUUUUUUCGACCCCGUCAUCACCCCCCUUGUUUUUCUAUAAAAAAAAAAAAAGGAAAGGAAAUGAUGAUGUAUCCGUCAAAUAGGUGAUGAUUGAUUCUCUUGUUUGGGCCACUAGAAAGUAGAAAUCCAUGGGAAUUCAUGUAAUUUUAAUGGAAACUGAUACAGAGAAAUGCAAUGGAGGUUCUAGCUUUGAAAUUUCAAACCGUGGAAUGGUUGUGGUGUUUUGGGUUUUGGAUUUGGUGACAUCACUUGCUUAGAGGAACAGUACCGGUGGGUUUGAGACUUUGAGGCCUAAAUUUCUUGGUGUCUGUCAUUUUCUAUGCAUGUUAAUGACUAAAGCUUGGCCAUCUCA